AUGGACGCCCCCCACCAGAAGGAGUAUCACAUUCGUGACGUUGACACGCGUUCCGUCACCCUCUUCCCCGCCCGAGCUCAGAUCAUCCGCGAGAUCAAGGAUGUGCCACUUCGGCCUGGUGCGAACCAGAUCACCAUUGUGGGCCUGUCGCCAACCGUUGACGAGCACUCCAUCAAGGUGGAAGGCGUCGGUUCGGCAGUCCUGAUCACUGACAUCGCCGUCGAGAGUCGCCCGAAUCGCGACAUCUUCCAGGAUAUUUUCCCUGAGUCGGACCAAGACUCCGACGACAACGACCAAGCCAGUUCGGAUGAGGACAUGUCCGAUGAGGCGGAGGACGCCGACGAUCCGGCCUUGAAGGAUGUCCGCGAGAAGAUCACGGCGCUGCGCGACGAGGAGAAGCGCGCCAAGGAGAUCAUUGCGAGUGCAGAGAGCCGCCUCAAGAUCCUCGACUCGUACGGCAAGCUGUUGACUACCGACAGCGAGCACCAGCCUCGUGAAAGCAUUCAUGAUGGCAUUGAGACGUACCGCUCCGAGCGAGAGAAGGUUUUCAAGGAUCACAUGGCAGGAAUCAUCAACGCGCGUGAUAUUGCCAAACAGAUUGCAGACCUCGACAAGGAGGAAAAGAAGCUGCUCAAGAUUGUCAAUCAGCAGCGGGCCAAGGCUGAAAAGGCCAAGGCCAAGGCUCGCCGCUCCAAGAAGAAGGAGGAGGAGAAGGAGGCCCGCAGACGCGCCGAGAUCUUGAAAGAGAAGAACCGUGUCCGUCGCGAGCACGAGUCAUUCUGGCCCAAGAACGUCUUUGUUGUCAAGGUCAGUUUGGACGCGUCGGCUUUCACCCCGAUGACCUCCCGUCGAAGCUCCGUGUCGAGCGACCUCGUCAAGCUCGCAGUGGACGCACCUGAGCCCGGCGUGGAUGACGACAUCCCGAGGACCUGCGACCUUACGAUCACGUACCUGACAACCUACGCACACUGGUCUCCGAGCUACGACUUAGCCCUCUCGACCACCACCAGCCAAGGAAACCUAUGUUUCGAUGCCCGACUGACAAACAUGACAUCGGAGACCUGGUCCAACUGCAAGGUGAUCCUGUCAACCUCCCAGGCCGACUUCUCCGAUCUCAACGACAAGAUCCCUACCUUGGUUCCUUGGCGUGUACGCCUGGGAGGAAAGGGCCGUCCAGGCUCGUACAAUGACAUUAUGUAUUCGCAAGAGGAGAAAUCGCAGAAGGCUGGUUGGUUAGCCCAGCAAAAUGCCAGAAGUAUUCAGCGGCCACAUCACCACAUGUUUGGCGUCGAGAGCGGAGGGCUUUUUGGUGCUUCGAUUCCGGCUCCGGCGCCGGCUGCGGCUCCCCCGCCGAAAGCAUUCCAGGCUACUGCUCAGCGUGCCGCCAACCCUAGCGGCUCGCUGUUUGGCAGUUCCCACAACACCGGUGUACCUGGUGGUGUCGGCACUACUUCUGGUGGCUUAUUUGGUAGUGCUAGCGCGACACAGCAGAUGCAGGAGAGCGUGCCCUCGGCACCUGCAGCAUCUAGGAGCAGCGCGCUCUUCGGUGGUUCUGGGGGAGGUUUCGGCUCGAUCGGCAGGGAGAAGAGGAAGUCGGAAACAGAGCACAAGAAAGCAUGGGAGGUCUCUGGGGAGCCGCGCGCUGGCGAAGAAGACGCUGCAACACCUGAUGCGGUGCCCGAGCUUGGUUUCCAGGAGUCUUCCUUUGAGGAAACAGGCCUUACAUCAACCUACGAACUCCCCGGUCUCAAGACCCUUGCACCGUCACACACCGCUUCCAAGCAGCGCGUUGCCCGAAUUACGUUUGCCAACGUUACGCUGAGCCACACCGUCGUCGCCAAGUACAAACCGGCUGCUUACCUCAAGGCCAAGCUCCGGAAUGGUAGCAAACUCACACUCCUCAGAGGCCCGGCUGGCCUGACUCUGGAUGGCAGUUUCAUUGGCCGUACCGACUUGCCUCGAUGCAGCCCUGGCGACUCGUUCAGUCUCAGUCUUGGGGUGGACCCGGCAAUCCGUGUGACGUAUCCCAAGCCGGAUGUCAAGCGCAGCCAGUCGGGUUUAUUCACCAAAGAAGACAGCGGCGUCUACAACCGGACCAUCACCAUCUCUAACACUCGUUCAGGUGAGAAGGGCAAGCCUGUGCAACUGACUGUUCUGGAUCAAGUUCCAGUCAGUGAGGAUGAGAAGCUUCGCAUCGAAAUUCUGCAGCCGGUCGGUCUGACCCUCGGAAGCUCUGGCGUGACUACUGGCGUAUCUGGUAGGGAAGGCAAGGAUGAAAAGGACUGGGGCAAGGCUGUUGCCUCGCUCAAAAAGGGAGGCGAGGUCUCCUGGUCCGUCACUUUGAAUGCGGGACGCGUUGUCAAGCUGGGCCUGGCCUACGAAUGUUCAUUCCCGACGGGAGAUCAUGUGGUCAACGUCUAA